AUGUCUAACGAAGCUAAGCUACUGUCCUUCCCUGAUACCCUGGCAAACUGGCCUUGGAAACGGGCGAUAAAUCCUUACUAUGAAGAGGUCAAAGCAGAGUCCGAUGCGUGGUUCCGCAACUUUAAAGCAUUUUCACCACGAUCACAGUAUGCUUUCGAGAAGUGUAAUUUCGAAGAGCUUCGCGCUGGUUGCGACCUGAUGAAUUUACUUUUUGCCAUCGACGAAUAUACCGAUGUAGAUUCCGAAGUAGCAGUCAGAGAGAUUGUCGAUAUUGUCAUUGAUGCCCUAAAAAAUCCGAGAAAAUCCCGUCCAGAAGGAGAAAUGCCUCUUGGAGAGGUCACUCGACAAUUCUGGGAACGAACUAUCAAAAUAGCCACGUUAUCUGCUCAGCGCCAUAUGAUUGAUGGGUUCAUCUAUUAUACUGAAGAGGUGGUUCGACAGGCGGCGUAUAGGGACAAUAACACUCAACUCACGAUUGAAUCAUACUUGGAAAAUCGUCGUGGAAAUAUUGGCUCAGUGCCGUCCUACGUCCCAAUGGAGCUUGAUCUCGAUCUUCCUGAUGAAGUAUUCUAUCACCCUGCUGUUGUCAGUUUAACUGUAAACAUAACAGACCUAAUGAUUUUUGACAAUGAUAUUUACUCAUACAACAAGGAGCAAGCGGUUGGAGACGAUCAUAGCAACAUCAUCAGUGUUGCAAUGCACGAGUUCAACAUCGAUCUAGAGAGCGCAAUUAGCAAAGUUGUUCAGCUUCAUGCUCAGACUGUAAAGGACUUCCUCGACGGUUUAAAGAAGUUGCCCUCAUGGGGCCCAACCAUUGAUUCCCAAGUUCAGACGUAUCUUCACAGAGUCGCCAGUUGGGUACGAGCGAACGACUGCUGGACCUUCGAGUGUGGACGCUACUUUGGUAACAAGGGUCUCGAAAUUCAGAAGACUCGAGUUGUGCAGCUUCUCCCGAAAAUUGCCCCGCCCCGUCAGGACAAGUCGUUGAGGCGAGAGAACGUUGCCGUUCCCCUCGUAGAGGCAUUGGAGGUUGGCGCGUGA